CGCCGCUCGACCAUAUUGCAAAAACCGAGAGAAAAAGAAGAAGAAGGGGAAUUCCGGAUUGAGAUAGAUAGUCAUGCGUUACGAUGCUCGCAGUGUUUGUGGUCCUCGGGUGUGCGUCCUUCUUGGCACAAGGGCUCUGCUGUCGUCCUAAGGAAUAUUCUACAAGAGCUGGGCAAUGUUGUCCUAUGUGCAGUGAAGGAACCAUUGUUUCGAGAGACUGCACGUCACAGUCAGGCACACGCUGCAGCCGCUGUAAAAACGGGACUUUUAUGAACGAACCCAACGGACUGGAUAAAUGUCUCUCAUGCACCUCCUGUGGCUCAGGCCACGGUCUCUUUGUCCUGCAGGGCUGUUCAGAAACAACUGACGCAGUCUGUGAAGUUAUAGAUGGGUAUUUCUGCAAAGAUUUAGAUGUGACAGGAUGCAGUGCGGCACAAAAACAUACACAAUGUGAACCUGGUGAGAAGAUAAAAGAACCUGGAACCAGCAGAGUGGAUGCACAGUGUGAGCUUUGUCAGUCUGGCUUCUUUUCAGAGCGUGGUGUGAAUUGCACGGACUGGACAACGUGCUCAGGAACCCAGGCAACGCUGAAAGAAGGAAGCAGGAGCACCGAUGUUGUCUGUGGAGAUUCUUCAAGAAACCAUUACAUAGUCAUACUAUCAGUAUUAUUGUUUGCAUCAUUAGUUGUUGCGCUUGGGAUCACAUUUCGAUAUUUUAUGUUGAGCUCUGAAAAUUAGCAAACACCAAAAAAUACACAGCCUGCUUUUCUUAUUUUUCAAUUUUUCUAACACGUUACCAAACCCCAAAAGACCAAAUACAUUCCAAAUUUUGUUUACAAUGUAUUUUCUUAAUGUUUGUAUUUACCAUACUAAUACUAAUCUUUGUAUUUGUUAAACCACUUGUAAAUAAUAACAUUUUUGAUAACAGU